UUUUCUUUUGGUUUUUUUUUUUUUUUUUUUUUUCUGGAAAAGGGUAGUGUUUUUAUUAGGUGGGUUUUGGUUAUUCUGCAAUGAGGUUAUCUACUCCAGGGUUGAGUACUCCUCCUCAGCCAGAGGAAGGGGAGAAGAAGUGCUUGAAUGCAGAGCUAUGGCAUGCUUGUGCUGGCCCGUUGGUGUCCCUUCCAGCUGUGGGAAGCCGAGUAGUGUAUUUUCCUCAAGGUCAUAGUGAGCAGGUUGCUGCCUCAACCAACAAGGAGGUAGAUGCUCAUAUCCCUAACUAUCCUGGCUUGCCAGCACAGCUCAUAUGUCAGCUUCACAAUGUGACCAUGCAUGCUGAUGUGGAAACUGAUGAAGUAUAUGCUCAGAUGACCCUGCAGCCGCUAAGUGCACAAGAGCAAAAAGAUGUUUGUCUACUACCUGCUGAACUUGGCACUGCAAGCAAGCAGCCAACUAACUACUUCUGUAAAACACUGACUGCAAGUGACACGAGUACUCAUGGUGGAUUUUCUGUUCCUCGUCGAGCUGCAGAAAAAGUUUUUCCUACUCUUGAUUAUACUCUGCAGCCUCCAGCUCAAGAGUUGAUUGCAAAAGAUCUUCAUGGCAAUGAAUGGAAAUUUCGGCAUAUCUUUCGUGGCCAGCCAAAGAGGCAUCUGCUUACAACAGGUUGGAGUGUGUUUGUAAGUGCAAAGAGGCUUAUUGCUGGUGACUCUGUAAUUUUUAUCUGGAAUGAAAAUAAUCAGUUGCUUCUGGGGAUUAGGCGUGCUAGCCGCCCACAAACUAUCAUGCCUUCCUCAGUAUUAUCAAGUGAUAGCAUGCACAUAGGUCUUCUUGCUGCUGCAGCUCAUGCUGCUGCAACCAAUACCCGCUUUACUAUAUUCUACAAUCCUAGGGCUAGUCCAUCAGAAUUCGUUAUACCUUUAGCCAAAUAUGCUAAGGCUGUAUAUCAUACAAGGGUUUCAGUUGGCAUGCGCUUUCGGAUGCUAUUUGAAACAGAAGAAUCAAGUGUUCGUAGAUACAUGGGAACAAUUACUGGCAUUAGUGAUCUAGAUCCUGUUCGCUGGCCAAAUUCACAUUGGCGAUCUGUGAAGGUUGGAUGGGAUGAAUCAACAGCAGGGGAGAGGCAGCCUAGAGUUUCCUUGUGGGAGAUUGAACCAUUGACUACUUUCCCUAUGUAUCCUUCUCCAUUCUCCCUUAGACUAAAACGACCAUGGCCGUCAGGAUUACCCUCCUUACCAGGCCUCAACAGCAGUGAUAUGAACAUAAAUGCCCAACUUUCAUGGCUUCGAGGUGAUAUUGGGGCUCAGGGGAUUCAGUCACUAAAUUUUCAAGGAUUUGGUGCUACGCCCUGGAUGCAGCCACGGCUUGAUGCUUCUGUGCUUGGUUUGCAGCCGGAUAUCUAUCAAGCAAUGACAGCUGCUGCACUCCAAGAAACAAGAAAUUUUGAUCCUUCCAAGGUUGCAAAUCAGUCCCUUCUGCCAUUUUCACAGAAUACCUCCAGUGGAUCUGCUUCACUUGUUCAGAGUCAGAUGUUGCAGCAAUCUCAGUCUCAGCAAAAUUUUAUCCAAAGCUUUCCAGAAGACCAGGUAAUUGCUCAGGCUCAGCUUUUACAGCAACAGUUGCAGCGUCAUCUCUCUUGUGAUUUACAGCAGCGAGUUCAGCCCUCACAACAAUUGCAUGCACAAAUUCAGCAGCAGCAACAAAUCUCGAAGAACGUCUCAAACUUCUCUACAAUAGAGUCUGUUACCCAAUCCCAAUUGUCACCUUUGCAGGCCUUGGGUUCAACAUGCCAGCAGCAGACCUUCUCUGAUAUCAAUCAUGUAACAAGCACUAAUAGUUCUUCAAUGCAGAGUCUUCUUAAUUCAUUUUCCAGUGAUGGAGCAUCUCACCUACUCAACAUGCAUGGCGUCUACUCUCUAGCCUCUCCUUCCUCUUCAUCAAAGAGAAUUGCACUGGACUCUCAGCUCUCUUCUCGAGCUACUCAGUCCGUGGCAGCCCGGGCAGACAACAUGUCAACACCUGAUUCUAAGGUCUCUGACCUUUCCACUUUAUUGCCUCCUGUUUCAGGUAGAGAAUUUGCGCAAUUUAAAGGAAUGACUGAUUCUCAGAACAAUGGUUUGUUUGGAAUUAAUAGUGACUCCUCCCUUAUGCUGCAAAAUGGGAUUUCACAUCUUAUAAAUGGUAGUGGUGAAAGCGAAUCAUUUUCUGUACCAUUUGCUACCUCUACAUAUACAAGUGCUUUGGGCACUGAUUUGCCACUUAGUUCAGACAUGACCACCUCAAGUUGUAUGGAUGAAUCAGUCUUCAUGCAGUCCGCUGAAAACGUGGACCAAGCAAACCCACCAACUAAAACCUUUGUGAAGGUUCACAAAUCAGGGUCCUUCGGACGAUCGCUUGAUAUCUCCAAAUUUAGCAGCUACCAUGAGCUGCGGAUUGAACUGGCUCGCAUGUUUGGCCUUGAAGGCCUGUUGGAGGACCCUCAGAGAUCAGGCUGGCAGCUUGUAUUUGUUGACCGAGAGAAUGAUGUUCUUCUCCUCGGUGAUGACCCUUGGCAGGAGUUUGUAAACAAUGUCUGGUAUAUCAAGAUACUGUCUCCCCUUGAAGUGCAGCAGAUGGGAAAGGAGGGCAUUGACCUUCCUAAUUCUGCUCCACUGCAUAGGCUUCCCAGCAGCGGCAAUAGCUGCGAUGAUUAUAUGAGCCAGAAGGAAACCAGAAAUAGCAUGAAUGGGAUCCCAUCCGUGGGAUCACUGCACUACUGAUGACUUGCAAUACCUAGUGGGUCAGUAAUUUUCUACAGGUUAUUUGUACAAUAUCAGUUGUACCAUUGACCUCGCUUUGCAUCAGUAUAUUUCUUUUGUACUCCUUAGGUCAGUGGGGAUGUAAUGUAACUUGACCAUCCAAUUAGUCGAAGUGCAUCGGAAGCUUGUAUUCUUAGAGAAUGACCGUGUAAAUGAUAAUCUGAUACUCCAUUUGUAUUUGCCUUCGAUUAUAUAGGGCGAUCAAACCGCGUGAUGAUGCCAACAUGGUCAGUAUCCAGAACGAAACUAGUGAACUUCUCUAGGAUCUCAAAGCAUGAAUGAUGUCGUUUUAGCUCAUUUAGCAUGGACUAAAAGUGUAGAAAAUGUGUGGAAGCCAAAAGGCUUGAGCAGAGCACACUUCCGAGUA